AUGUCGAACAACGAUACUGCUGCACGGUUCCUGAGCUACCCCACGCCAAAGGCCCACGAAGCUCCCUACACAUCCCCACCGCCAGCCAAGAACCCAGUUAUUAAAGGCACACCUCUGAACUACCUUGGAAGCCUUGUUGCCGCCAUACCUGGACUACCUUACCUGCUAUGGAGCAACGCAGGCUUCAGCUCCCUCCGCAACUGCAAGGAACUUGAUGGCAUAGACCCUCGAUACGACCCGACAGUGAUUCCAGUAUCAGCGUCUGGCGAUGGAGCGCCUAGCUUACUCGAUAACGUGAACGAGCUGCGAGUCACGCCCGCAGACGCAAAUAAUCGCUUCUACACGGUUGCCGACUUCCAUAAUGCCUACAGAAACGGCACGCACACACCGACCGAUGUCAUAGAGACUCUGCUGCCGCUCAUAAGAAGAGAUGUCAAGCAGCGCUCGCGUCAUUCUACUUCAUUCAUGCCUAGCCAGGUUGAGCUUGUUCGGCAGGCGGCAGAGGCUUCGACUAGAAGGUGGAAGGCUGGAAAGCCGUUGAGCAUAUUGGACGGUGUUCCGUUCGCCGUUAAGGACGAUCUUGAGGUCAAGGGCUAUAAGAGAUACAUUGGUACCAGCCAUGACUAUACCAACGGUAGAGAGCAUGAGGUAGAGACGAGCUGGUGUGUGAAGAAGGUCGAAGAGCAAGGAGCUGUCCUUGUUGGAAAGCUGAACAUGCACGAGCUGGGUAUGGACACCACCAAUAAUAACCCUAUAUGGGGCACACCGCUGAACCCUUACCAUGAGCGAUACUAUACUGGAGGGUCAUCUGGGGGUGCGGCAUCUGCUGUUGCAGCUGGUCUUGUCCCUUUCGCUAUAGGUUCAGAUGGUGGAGGUUCAGUCCGAAUCCCGUCGAACUACUGCGGUCUCUAUGGUCUCAAGACCUCUCACAACCGCGUGUCGACGGCUCCAAUGCCAAAUGCUGGAAAGUCAGUCACGGUGCGAGGUCCUCUGGCAAGCAGCAUGGCAGACCUUGAGGUCUCCUACCGUGUCUUCGCGCAGCCAGAUCCUUCCAACUACCCAUCUUCUGAGUUCAGCCCACCUCGAGCACUGACAGGGUCUCGCAACAAAGUCCUCGGGAUCUACAAGCCGUGGUUCGACCGCGCCGAUCCUCCAGUCCAGGAAGCGUGUCACUCAGCCCUGCAAUACCUCCAGUCCGAGCUCGGCUACCAUAUAAUCGACAUCACUAUCCCACUCCUGCCCCAAGGCCAACUAGCCCAUGCCAUGACCAUCCUCGCAGAAGGCGCAGCCGGCCACAAGACAUCGAUCUACGAGCUCACGCCCGCCAACAGGAUCCUUAUGAGCGUGGCUCGCCAGACGCCCGCCACCGACUUUCUGCUCGCUCAACGCGUCCGCAAUAUCAUCAUGGAGCACCUUGCCUACCUCUUCAAGAAAUACCCAGGCCUUAUCAUCGUCACGCCUACGACUCCCAACGCAGGCUGGCCUAUCGAAGAAGCUGACCUGGCUCACGGUAUGACGAAUGCGAAUAUGCAGCUCAAGAACAUGGAGUAUGUGUGGCUGGCGAACUUCACAGGCAUUCCUUGCAUCCAGUUCCCAGUUGGGUAUCUGGAUGGUGUUAAGGGUAAAGGGAAGGGAAAGGUGCCUAUUGGGCUGAGUGGACAGGGUGAGUGGGGUAGUGAGGAUGCGUUGAUUGAGUUUGGGUUUGAUGGUGAGAAGUGGCUGCAUGAGGGAUAUGUGGGUGGGAAGUUGAGGCCUGAGGUUUGGGUUGAUGUGUUGAAGACUGCGUAG